AUGACAGCCGAGAGGAUCAUCCAUGAAGAUGGCUUUUCUGGAGAAGACGUGAAGCAGUACAAGCCUGUAAUCUAUAGCAACACUAUUCAAUCCUUGGCAGCUAUUGUCCGUGCCAUGGACACGCUGGGCAUAGAAUACGGGGAUAAAGAAAGACGGGCUGAUGCCAAGAUGGUCUGUGAUGUCGUGAGUCGGAUGGAAGACACGGAGCCAUUCUCCCCUGAGCUGCUUUCAGCAAUGAUAAGGCUCUGGUCCGAUUCUGGCCUCCAGGAGUGUUUCAACCGGUCCCGAGAAUAUCAGCUUAAUGACUCUGCUCAAUACUAUCUAGACUGCUUAGAUCGAAUUGGAGCUCCGGAUUAUCAGCCCACAGAGCAAGAUAUCCUGAGAACCAGGGUCAAAACAACCGGCAUUGUAGAAACCCAUUUCACAUUCAAAAACCUCCAUUUCAGGCUGUUUGAUGUUGGGGGUCAGAGAUCGGAGCGUAAGAAGUGGAUCCACUGUUUUGAGGAUGUCACGGCAAUCAUUUUCUGUGUCGCACUGAGUGGGUAUGACCAGGUACUCCAUGAAGAUGAAACAACGAACCGCAUGCACGAGUCUUUAAUGCUCUUCGACUCCAUCUGUAACAACAAAUUCUUCAUUGAUACCUCCAUCAUUCUCUUCCUCAACAAGAAAGACCUGUUUGGUGAGAAGAUCAAAAAAUCACCUCUCACCAUCUGCUUUCCUGAAUACACAGGACCCAACACGUACGAAGAUGCUGCAGCGUAUAUCCAAGCACAAUUUGAAAGCAAAAACCGUUCGCCGAACAAGGAGAUUUAUUGUCACAUGACCUGUGCAACAGACACAGGCAACAUCCAGGUCGUAUUUGAUGCCGUAACCGACAUCAUCAUUGCCAACAACCUACGAGGCUGCGGCUUAUACUGA